AUGGGGUUCGUUCUUCGGGCGGUCGCGAUUCUUUUAAUCGUGGGAUGCGUUUCCACAACCGUCGUAUCCGCUGCUGAGCCGUACCUAGUGACCAAAGCCAAGCAGCUUCGCGGCAUCGCGGACGCCGCACAAGCGGAUCUCGACGCCGCCAACGCCGUUCUCCAGCAGCGGCUCGCGGAAGAAGCGCCUUUCGCGCAAAAGGCGGCGUCUGCGGACGCGGAUGUCGCCGCUGCCACGACCGAUCUCAACAACAAGCGCGCCGCGCUCGAUGCGGCGAAGACGGAGCAGGAAACGGCGCGUCAGGCGCUGAUUCAGGCGAAGCAGGCUUCUAUCGACGAGCGCUCGUACUACGAUGACCUCGAGUCGCAAGCCGAAGAAGCCAUCUUCGAAGAGAGCGAAGCAGCCAAAGACGUGCAAGACGCCAUCGACCGCCAAAACACCACCGCCGUCGUGCUAACCGAACAGCAGAAAAUCUCGAACGAGGCUUACAACGACUCCGUCGCCGCGGCUCGGUCAGCGGCGCGGCUCCAAACGCCAGAGGCCAAGGCGCUGCAGACGGAAAUGUACAAUGUAAAGCUCCAGGCGGAUCGCAUUCUCGGCGCCGUGAAGAAACAAGCCGACCGCGCCGUCCAGCGCGUGUCAGAGAGGCAGGCGGAAAGCGACGCGAAAAAGAAGGACAAGAGCGACACUCGCGGCGCGGCGGACGUGCAGAAGAAGGUCAAGGAAAAGGCGGAGCAGGACGAGGCCGACUCGAACGCGUUUUUCAACAAGGCGAUCGGAAAGACGAAGAACCUGGAUGCCGCGGUGAAAGCGGCGGGGGUGGUGUACAACACGAAGGUGAAGGCGCAGCGGGACGCGAAGCUGGCGCUGGCGCCCAAGACCAAUGCGCGCGCGGCGCAGGAGCGCGUGGUGGCGACGAAGAAGGCGCGCGCGGACGCCGCCAAGGGGAACGCGGAUAACGCGGAGAAGGAAGCGAAGACGAAAGGUCACACUUGCUCUUACCUCGUCACCCGAGCGAAGCAGCUCAGAGCCGCCUCCGACUCAUACGCCGCGGAUCUCAAGGCCGCGCAAGCCGUCGCUGCGCAAAAAGCUCAGGACGAAGCCGAUGCUGCCGCCGCGAUCUCCGCUAUCGAGAAUGACAAUACCGCGGAUAAUCUCCGCGCCACGCUGGACAGCAUGAAAGACGCCAUGGAUGGCGCGAAGUACGACCUCGACGACGCGAACAGAAUCUUAUCUCUGCGCAAGCAGGCCUACAUCCAAGCGCAACUCGAUCCCACCACCCAUCCCGAGCUCCCCGCCGCCGUUAAGGCCGUCAACGACGCGACGCGCCGUGUAAAAAUGACCGCUGCGCUGCUCGACGAAUGGCACAACGUCCUCGCGGACGCGGCGGCGGCGAUCAAGGAUGCGCUGUCAGCGUACGAUAAAGACCCGUCGCCGGUGAAUAAGGCGGCUAUUGACGAAGCGCAGGCCGUUCAGUCGUCCGUGCAGGAGGUUCUCCCGGAUAUCGAGAGCCAGGCGGAACGCGCGAAGGCGAAACUCGCCAAGGCACAGGAUAACUACCAGAGGCUCGUUAAUCUGGGUCCCCAGAACGUUGAUAUUUUCAAGUCUGCGAUGGACGACGCGACGAACGACGUCGCACUGGCGCAGAAGGCGUACGACGACGCGGUUGCGAUCUACAACGACGCGGUUGCGGCGCUCGACAAUUUCAUGACGAAGCAGGUCAAGGCGCUGGCGGCGGCGAAGGCGAACCUCGUGGCGGUGAAGGCGAGCCGCGCGGCAGCGGAUAAGCGCGUCGUGCAGCUGGCGGAUCGCGCCAAGGCAGGCCUUACGCGCGCUCUGGAUGCGGAAAAGGCGGUUCAGGAUGCAACUAUGGCCAAGCCGUAA